GGUGGGGGGGAGAGACAUGCGGGCCCGUGUUUCCGGUUCCGGUGCAGCUCGGCAGCGGGGGAGAGGCGGCUCCGGGAGGUAAAGAUGGCUACUUGGAUAAAGCCUAGGGUGGCCCCAACACACAAACUCAGCGCAGAUGGAAGUACAUAUGUAGCUGCAGAAUACAAUGUUCCCAGAGAAGCUCUGCCAAGAACUAAUGAAGUGGUGGAAUAUUAUGGUGGUUAUCCUGAAGGUUACACUGCAGAGGAUUACAACUACACCUGGAGUGAAGAAGCCUGCAGGCCUGAUGAUGGUCGUCGAGAAGAACUUUAUCAGCAGUUCUAUAAAGAAAUAGAAGAUGACUACAAUAAAGAAAAGCAUGCUGACUGCGUUGUCAUAGCCCUAAGCAAGCAACAGGGGGAUUAUGCCAAACUAGUAGGACGACGAGUGCAAGAACUGGGACUUCUCGUGGAUUUGGUAUACCUUAAGUUAGAGUUGGCUCUAGAUACUGCGCUGAAAGAUGUUCGUGAAGAAGGUUCCCCAUUUUGUGUCGUCGUCGGUGGAGAACAUCAGUCUCUUUCAUCUUGCACAGUGAUUAUUUUGUAUGCUGGCCACAAAGAACAUCGUAAUAUGCCCUUGGAAGACGCCUUGGACCUGAUUUCACGUGAACAUCAGCGUAUAUUUGGUGAAAAUCUGGAAAAAGAACGACUUGAGAUUGCACACAAAGCGGCUAAUUUAGCAGAUGAUUAUCUUCAUCGUGAAUCUUACGCUGAAAGUCACGUUGUGCCAAGCACCAUCCGACAUCUCCUAUUUCUGAUUGGUGAUGGAAAACAUCUUUAUGCUGAGGAGCUGCAAGCAGUUAUUGAGUAUUUGAACAAAAGAAAAGAGGAUGUUGAAGCAGAGGUGAACAAUGCUUGGCAAAACUAUCAAGAAGAGAGAACUGAAGCUUAUCAGUGGCCACAUGAAGCAUCUCUUGUUCAACAAGCUACUGGAACUGAGAGUUACUAUGACGUAGGCAGUGUUUCACAAACUUCCAGCAAGCCCAAGCCCCUCCUUCCAACACCAGUCAGGCCUCCCCUUUUGGGUCAUGCACCUCUUUCUCAGAAAAAAACGCCUCUUUUGGGUGAUCGGCCAAUUAGGGCUCUUCUGCCUGCUCCAGGUCAUCCAUUAAAAUUAGGUGCUCGACUCCAGUUGCAGUAAAGAAUGACAACUUUGAAGCAUUGGAAUGCAUACUGCUUUGGAAUAGAGUUUCUACGUUCAAUACAGCAUUAUUUGAAGAGCACCAGAAGUAUACAGCACCAUACCAUACUAAUACCAUGGGACACCUUGAUAAAUAGUCACAGACUGUGAAUUGUAAACUGUAGUAUUUUAGCAUUUUAGAAUGAUCCCAUUGUAAGUUCAAGUUUCUUUUAAAGGUGUAUGCCAAUGUCAUGUAUAAGGACCAUUUUUUUUGUAAUUUAUCAACGUCGCCAUGAAUAGUUUUGAAAAGGUUGGGAAAACCCCUUUGAUAAAUAUAUCUUUUGCAAUGGUUGUUUAUUAUUUCAUUUGUUGGAUGCUUGUUCAAAAAUUUCCCUUCUGUUCUUAAGAACCUUUUUUACAAGGUUUUAUUGUAUGGUGAUUUUCUUUUAUUACGGAGACAUAAAAUGUACUCUACAAUGCUUUUGGAUCACAGACUCCUUCCAUGUGAGUAUAUCUAUAAAAGUAAAUUGAGCAAAUAUCACCAUACAAUAUUAUCUUGGCCAGACUUGUACAACUGUUCACUUGACUGCUUUUUUGUACUGAGCAUUGUAACAGUGCUGCAUUGAUUUGAUGAGGAAACAAUAUGUUCAGUAUAUUCCAAUUAAAGUAAUUAAAUUUAUUUAAUGUAUUGAUAUACACCUCUGUUAAAUGAAGUUUCUAAUUAUUUUCAAGGGUUGCUGAAGUUGGGGGGGGGGGGGGGGCAGUGGUGGGGGGGAAGAACUGGUGAACCAUUUCAGAAACCAGAGUUUUCAGUGUUACAAUGUGAGACUAUUUUAAAGGGAUGUCUUUUGUAACAACUGAAGAAAAAGUCACUCUUUGAAUGGAAUAAAGGUUCCACUUUUUCUUCCUAAUGCUUUUGUUUAAACCUGUAAAUUAUUUGAUGCAACACAUUGAAGUUUGAUUUAAAGCAGGAAGAAAAGCUUUUUGUAAUCCAACUCUCUUGGUUCAUGUGUUCUUGCAUUUGCACUUAACCACUUUAUCAACAAACAAUAUUUUGUUGGUCCUUUGAAUUUUUCCCCCUCAGUUCUGAAGUUGCAAACAUGCUGUAUUAAAUGCUCCUUUUUGCAUUGGCUAUAUAUGAGGUUAAAACUUGCAGUACUAUCUCACUGUCACUGUUUAAUAUUCUUUGCUCAGAAUUACUGAUCUCUCUCAGCUUUCACUUUUUUUCAGUUUUUUUUCAAACAUUUUCCUUUAAAGCAUUACCUUGUUAUACCUUAUCUUUUGAUGGUGUCCCAUUGUAUGGGUUUUCACCUGACUCUCAAUCUAGAAGAGAAUGAAUGCUUAAAAGUAUGGAUCCAAUGCUUCUGGGGAAAUCCCUUCAGUGAGAUGAGUAACAUCCUUUUUCACUUUGUUUAGACAAAGAUAAAGCUAAAAUUGUUGUCCUAACUUAAUACUUUGGCCUUUAUAGGAAAAUGACCACAUUCCAUUAUAUGUACUGAAGGUUUGGGUGGUUAGAAAAUGUUCAUUGUUGUGUGGGGCAAUAAUUAAAUAGAGGGGAAUGUUAGAAUUUUGUCAGAUAAUUGCAUACUAACCAGCAAAAUAAUAUUUUGUAAUGGUACUGAAGUUUUAAAAAAAAUUAAAAAUAUCUUAAGGACA